UCCUGACAGAUCUACACCCCCCUUGCUUUUCAACCGGCUUCACCGGGGAUUCCAGUGCGGAUGUGCAGCCCGUAUACACUUCCCUCUGCAGAUAACAUCCGUAAACAGCACACCCAAUAGGUAUCUUCUGUCCGCAAAUCAAUGAGCUCUGCACCAGAGUUAAAAGGUGCUCCCCGCAGAACUACAAGUCCCAGAAUGCCAUUCCCUGUCACUCUAUGGUGCUGCUGCUGGGAACUGUAGUUCCGCAGUCCCGAAGGCUUCCAGUCUCUCAGACGCGCAGUUCCUCCCUCAAGUCCCUUUAAUUCCACCCCUCCCAGCCCACUAACAAAACACGGGCUGUGUUCCCUGCGUGAGCCACUGGCAGCUGAGAGGCAGAUACAUCGGCUGCUCCACAUUCCCACUGGAGGAGGAUUUCCCAAUGCUCGGAGCUGGUGUCUAGCCGCUUCCUUUAGGAUUUACACAUUUCUGCGGAGGGACACAUUGGUCCCAUGAUUGGCUUGUGGACUUUCCUGCCUGCUUCCCUUGUCAGUGACUGAUCUCCUGUGUGUGCGCCUGAUAUCUCGUGUCUCAGUACAACGUACCCCUCCACGGCAAGAGGAUGUUUGACAAGGGCCGGAUCCCCUUUGUAAUCCUGGAUAUAGUCUGCCUGAUACUAGCCGGAUUGCCUUUUGCAAUUCUCAAUUUGAAGCAUACCCCCUUCCAAAGAGGAUUUUUCUGUAACGAUGAUUCACUCCGGUAUCCAUACAAAGAAGACACCAUUUCAUAUGGCUUAUUGGGGGGAAUCAUGAUCCCAUUCUGUAUUAUUCUUAUGAUAUUAGGAGAGACCUUAUCGGUCGUUUAUAAUGACUUACGUUCCAGUGCCUUUAUCAGGAACAAUUAUGUAGCCACUAUUUAUAAAGCCAUUGGGACGUUCAUUUUUGGGGCGGCUGCGAGUCAGUCGCUGACAGACAUUGCUAAGUACACCAUAGGUCGACUGAGGCCACAUUUCCUGGACGUGUGCAAACCCAACUGGUCCAAAAUCAACUGCAGCCUGGGCUACAUUGAGACCUUUGUCUGCGAGGGGGACCCUACUAAAUCCAGUGAAGGAAGAUUGUCCUUCUACUCUGGCCACUCGUCCUUCUCCAUGUACUGCAUGGUGUUCCUCGCUCUCUAUCUCCAGUCGAGAAUGAGAGCUGACUGGGCCAGAUUACUUCGUCCUACGAUUCAGUUUGCUCUGAUCGCAGUGUCUGUCUAUGUUGGACUUUCCAGAGUUUCUGACUACAAGCACCACUGGAGUGAUGUUCUGACUGGUCUCAUCCAGGGUGCAGUCGUAGCUGUACUUAUUGUGGUGUAUGUCUCAGACUUUUUUAAAGAGAAGAAGGGCAGUUUGAACCAAAAGGAAGAAGAUUCCCACACGACUUUACAUGAGACACCAACAAAUGGAAACCACUAUGGAACUCAUCAGCCCUGAACGCGGGAGGGACUUCCUCCCACCACCUUGCCACUUAAUGCAAAAAAAUUAUCCUGCUUUUAGAGAAAUGUAUUUAGAAGAGUGAAGACUCUCUUUAAAAAAAAAAAAGCCUUGGAACGGCCAGCACCUGCCCUCCAUGCUGAAAUAUAUUAACCCUUUGGGUAGCAGAGUGAUCCAAUAUCAAUGAUGAUAAACUCUCUGGGUCCCAAAAGGUUAUUGGACUGCUGCUAUAAUUGUUGGAUGCUAAAGAACACCCUAUGUAUAUGUUAUAGCUUUAAAAUAAAAGUUUCUUUAUGCAUUUAUCAACUAUACACAAAAAACGUGAAAUGUGGUAUUCAAACUGUAAAUUUUUUAUUAAAAUAGUGUUAACGCAUUUUAUGUACAAAAACACUUGUAUAAUAUUGCUUUGCUCAAAGGUUGCUUGUGAGCCAAAUUUAUACCACCAAAACAAUAAAAAUGGUUUAUAGCAAA